GUCUGCCUCUUAAACCCUAUACCAUUUGUUUCUCUGCUUAAACCCUGCUAAUCACCAUGUCUUCUUACCUCCUCUACCGUCCAAAAUCCUUGAUGAAUGCUCUCCGCUGCAACCGGCUCUUUAGCCGGCCCAUGGGUGGUGGUCCACGGACCUUCCCCGGUGGCUUAAACAAAUGGCAAUGGAAGCGCAUGCACGAGAAGAAAGCUAGGGAGAAAGAAAAACGACUUCUUGAUCAAGAAAAACAACUCUAUCAAGCCCGCAUCCGUUCCGAAAUCCGAAGCAAACUCUUCUCCAAGUCCGACUCGGAUUCGAAAACCGACCAAGCAGCCACAGACCACAGUCCCAUGACCCCCCAACAGCACAUCAAAGCGUUGGCGGAUCGCUUCAUGAGAGCUGGAGCUGGGGAUUUGUGGAAUGAAGAUGAUGGGCCUUUGAAAUCAUCGGAUGAACAAUCACGAUCGAUUAGACGAACAAAUGAACGGCCCAGCUCGUUUGGUUCGCCAAUUGAUUUGAGGAGCUUGAUAUCAGAUACGCGUGGUUUAAUUGAUAAUAAUUAUAGAAAUUUUAAUUCUGAAAAUGUUAAUUUGAGUAGUUAUGUAAAAACUAGAAAUUAUUCGGUUGCAAGUGGAAGAAGUUUCAAUACAGCACGUAGUUUAGUGGGUAACGUCACUAAAACUGGGAAAAACUCGAAAAAAGGAAGUGAUUUCGUGAAGAAAACGAUUGUUUUGGGGCCAGAUAAGACGAAGUUUAGUAAAGACAAGAGUUCUUCUGGUGAAGAUGAAUUGGGUUUUGACAACGGAAAUAAAGUGAAUCUUUUUGCUUGCAAUUUGGGAAGUACCGGCGAAAAUGGUGAUUCAAGGGAUUUGAGUGAGUUUAUAAAAAAAUGGGGUUUUGUGGGUCAAAAGAGGUUUAAGAGAGAUGAGAGUUCUUCAAGCGGUUAUGAUUCAUAUUCGGAUUUGGAGGAUAUUGAUGAGAAGGUAGGAGGUUGGAGAGAUGUGAAGAAGACGGGGAGUUCCGCUUCUUUGGGGAAGUAUGAUAUGAAGAUAACAAAGAGAGUGCCAUUAAAGAAUCUUGAGAAAGAGAAUGAUUUUUCACAGCAAGCGGAGUUCAUUAGAAAGGAGAUUAGUGAGAAAAAAUUGGCCGAAAAUGGUGAUAAAGAGGUGCAGAGGGAGGAAGAAUCAAUUCUAAGUCAGAAAAGAUUUGAUGAGUGUGGGAUAUCUCCAUUGACAGUCAAAGCACUUACAGAAGCUGGCUAUGUUCAAAUGACCAGGGUACAAAAUGCUACACUUUCUGUUUGCCUUGAGGGUAAUGAUGCCAUGGUCAAAGCCAAAACCGGCACAGGAAAAAGUGCAGCAUUUUUGCUUCCUGCAAUUGAAACAGUUUCGAAGGCCACAAGUAGUGGUACUAGUCAGCGGGUGCCGCCAAUAUUUGUUCUUAUUCUCUGUCCUGUGAGAGAGCUUGCUAGUCAGAUUGCUGCAGAAGCUAUUGCUAUGCUGAAGUAUCAUGAUGGCAUAUGUGUGCAAACACUAGUGGGAGGUACUCGUUUCAAAGUUGAUCAGAAACGAUUAGAAGAAAAUCCAUGUCAGAUAUUAGUUGCAACUCCUGGCCGGUUGUUGGAUCAUAUCGAGAAUAAGUCUGGGUUAUCUGUGCGUCUGAUGGGAUUACAAAUGCUUGUACUUGAUGAGGCUGACCACUUACUAGACCUGGGAUUCCGGAAGGAUGUGGAAAAAAUUGUUGAUUGUCUGCCUCACCAGAGGCAGUCCAUAAUGUUUUCUGCAACAAUUCCAAAGGAGGUUCGUCGGAUAUCUCAACUUGUUUUGAAAAGAGAACAUGCAUAUAUUGACACAGUGGGUCUGGGUUGUGUGGAAACUCCUACUAAGAUUAAGCAGUCUUGUCUUAUUGCUCCACAUGAACUACACUUUCAAAUAGUUCACCAUCUAUUGAACGAGCAUAUGUCGGAAGCACCUGACUACAAGGUCAUUGUUUUCUGUUCAACUGGGAUGGUAACAUCACUCCUGUAUUUGCUUCUCCGGGAAAUGAAAAUGAAUGUGAGGGAGAUGCAUUCUAGAAAGCCUCAAUUAUAUCGAACUCGUAUCUCUGAUGAAUUCAGGGAAUCAAAGCGGCUUAUUCUUGUUACAUCAGAUGUGUCGGCGCGUGGAAUGAACUAUCCUGAUGUUACUUUGGUUGUUCAGGUGGGUAUUCCUUCGGAUCGAGAACAAUACAUACAUCGACUUGGAAGAACAGGUCGGGAGGACAAAGAAGGAGAAGGAAUCUUGUUGCUUGCACCAUGGGAAGAAUAUUUCCUGGAUGAUUUAAAAGAUUUGCCCCUUGACAAAUUUCCUUCACCACAUUUAGAUUCAGACUCCAAACUUCAGAUGGACGCUUUGAUGGCGAAGAUUGAUGGUAGUGUUAAAGAGGCAGCGUAUCAUGCUUGGCUCGGUUAUUACAACUCAAUCAGAGAAAUUGGUAGGGAUAAAACAACGCUUGUUGAGCUAGCCAGCAAAUUUGCGGAGUCCAUUGGUUUACAAAAACCUCCUCCCCUCUUCAGGAAGACGGCACUGAAAAUGGGUUUGAAGGGCAUCCCUGGUAUUCGAAUUCGUAAGUAGCAUAGAUUGGAACAUAUUGUAGAUUAAGAAUGUGAGAAUAAAACCUAUCUUUAUUUUUUAUCACAAUAGUGACUCAGUAAAUCUUUUUAUUAUCUUCUGGUGAGACAAUCAAACCAUUAAUGGGUUGCUGGGAUUAUUUUUUGUA